AUCAAACCCAAAAUAAAUUCUGGCCACCCAUUGGAAUCCUAACCAUCAUUCUUCCCCUUCUUCCUCAUCGCCAGCUCUGUUCUCUGUUCUUAGAAAACCAUUGGAACCAAAUGCAUAAGCGGAAAACAUUAAAACUCCAAGCUUGUAGAUCCAAAUUUCGAUUGAAGUACCCAACAAUUCAUUCGUUCGAGGAAUUUCAGCGAUUUCUUAUGGUUGGGCAAAAAUCAAUGAUACCCUAGAAAAUGGAGUUUGGGAGAGACGUGGCAAGCCACCUGGAAAUGGUUGCUUCACUAAACUCAUAUCCCUCUCUCUCUCUCUUCACUUCCUCCACCGUGUUGCAAUCUCCCCCAAUCCCCUAACAAUCGAUUCAAUUCAAGAUCUUCAAGCUCUGGUUCCAGGAGACAGAGUAAAUCAUGCCGCUAAUGCGAUGUCGAGAGCAGCGACAAUGUCAGCGCGUUGGAUCUGAGGAUCUUCUUGUGAUAGCGGACAAUGAUGACGAUGCUCGGGAAAGUGAAGCGUCGAAGCUUGUCGAUGACAGUCAGGAGCACGACGAGAUAUUUCUGUCGGUGUUCCGACGAAGAUGGUUUCCCGGCACAGAUCUUUCCGCCUUGAUGGACAGGGAAAGCUUUAUCCUCUCGAAACGUCGCGGCCUUAAUGGACGAAGAGUAUUGGAGCAGAGGAAGGCGACAACGUAGCGGGUGAGGCAGAGGAAGGGGAUUGGUUGUGGUUUUGAAAUUGGGAUUUUUUCACAUUGGGGAGAGAUUUGUUUGACCGAAGACGAUACAGAGGAAGUAAGUUUAUAUUCAUUUCUAAUUUUUUUAUUUAAUUUUAUUAAUUUAUUAAAUAAUUAUAUUUUUAAUUAAUUUAUAUUGAUUACAUGGCAUCCACGUCAGCACUAGAUGUUGAUUCACUAACGGUCAACAGUAUUGACCGUCUAAAUUGACGGAAAUUCACUGGUUAGGAUAAACUAGUCUAUAUGCUGCAUAAUUGAGGCCAGGAUGUUAAUUUAUGAAACCACGGGCCAAAGUUGAUUAUAUGGUCAUAGUUUGGGCCAUAAUAAGGUAUUAACCCUUAUUUAAUACAGAGUUUGUCAUGUACAACGUUGGAUAUAUAAUACUCUCGAUUUCACGGAUCCGGACGGUCAGUUGAUGGGAAGAGACUUCCGUUGAAAUUACAACAUUUAGCAACGACCACACGGACUGUCAUUACAAGGGCGUCGCUAAGUCGUGCUUUUCUUGUAGUGUAGUGACUUCAAGUUCUCCGACCUAGUCAACGGCGGCAACACCGCAAACAUGAACAAAGUAAGCAUCAUUCGAGCUUUUGUCCAACGAUUUCCGGGCAUGAAUGGGUCGAACAUGGGAGCGGGUUGGCUAGACAUAGAACUGGGAGGUGCCAUCUCGGUCCACACUGUCACGAAUCAACUCUUGACCGUGCGACACAUAGUACUCAAGUCUCAUUAGAGCACUAAGUCAGUCUAGCUCGCAUUCACUCAAACUCACAAGUUUAGAGAAAACUCUAGAGAUGGAAACUCUCAAUUUCUGGAUGAAUGAAAAGUGAGGGAGAGGGCUGCUUAUAUAUGCAUCCUCUUCACCAAGUACAAUGUAUGUAAACCAUCAUGCAUUAAUGAAUGAAUCUAGAAGUCCCCCCAUAAAUGAAUGAUAAUUAAUAAGGUGAAUGUAUGUUCACUCAUAGAUGAAUAAUAAUAAAUAAAGUGGAUGCAUGUACAUUGGUGCAUGAAUCUGAAGAUGCAUGCAUGUUCCUACAUCCUUCUAAUGUCUUCUAAAAUCUUCUCCGUGACAUUCUCCCCCAUCAAAUUCACGACGUUCUCGUCGUGAUGCCUUCUUCGUAUUGGCAACAUUGUUGGUGUGGUAAUGAUGUACUUCAUGGUGAGGCAAGGGUGGCCCUGGUCCUUGCACAAGUUCCACUCCUCCAAGAUGUCGUGCUCUCCUUGCCCUCACUCUCUUGCCCCGCCAGAAGCACCUCGUCCGUCGCAUCUUGGGUCUCGCCUUUGUUACCUUGGCUUGCGUUGUCAUGCAAGCCUUAUAAACAUUGAGUGCCUCUUCCAUUAGUGGCACUACCCGCCUCUUUCCUAUCUUCUUCUCGUGCGGAAUGCCAAGCUUCAAUGCUGCAUUCGUGUCGAGAAGACUUAAGUGCUUCGAGGUUUCAAUGUAAGAGUGCAGACUGACCUCAACCCACUCACCAAAUUGAAGAGAAAGAGGUGGAGCUAAAGGAUUUAGAAUUGAAAUUGAGUUGAGGGACCGUCAUCGCAGGGUUUGUCUCCGGCGUUGCCACCAAUACCGUGUACCUCAACAAGCUGAGCAAAGGAGAGAUAAUGAUCUUUCCACAAGGGUUGGUUCACUUCCAGAUCAACACCGAGACCGAACACACCGUCUUUUUCGCUACUUAUGGGAGUGAGGAUCCGGCCACUCAGAUCAUUAGGGGAUAUUUCCAGAAAUAGCACUGUUUAAAAUAUAUAUUCUAAAAAUAG